AUGGCCGUCGACUUGAUACCGAUACUUGCCGAUGCAGAAAACAACCAUGGGGAGCACGAGAGGAGAAAUGGAGUGAAGCAACAAAAGUCAGAAGAAGAGAUACAAAGCGAGGAAGAAGAGGAAACAACGGAACAACCAAUAAAUACAGACACAGAACAGACAGAGGAAAAACGUAAAAAAGAAAAGGCAAAAGAAAAGGAAAAAAAUGAAGGAAAGACAGAAACAGUACAAUUAAACACACUCCAAAAGUAUAUGAAGCCAAGCAGUUUUGGUACUCCUGCUUCUCAACGUGGAAGAAGUCUUUCUAAAAGCAGAACGCCUCCGUCGGCAGCUAAAAGUGAAAAUAAGAAAGCAAAAAAGGCAAAUGAACACGCAAAAUGCUAA